CGACCAUCAAUCGAGAAUCAGUUGGCAAGCCGUGCGGUUCGUUCGGUUUCGCUCGCGUGCUUGGGAAAAGCAAAGGAAAAGCACAAGGCAGAAAUCAGAGGAAAAGCAGAGGAGCUGGUGCUGUGUCGCCACUUGGAGCGACAGUUCCAAAAAAUCUGACAACUAUACAAAAAAUACCACAAAAGAAAGAACGCACCUAUACAGACUACAAACUUUUCGAAUAGAUAGAUAGUGCCACAUUUUAUUUAUAAACCCGCCAUAUUUUUGGAUCAAACUUGAGGCGAAAGCGAAAGUGUUCUAGGAAUUCUGUUCUGUGUGUCUUGAGUGCGUCUAGUGUGAAAAUGCCUUUGGCGAAAUUCUAAGGCCCUCGCGUGUCAAAGUCGAAGAAGUAAACAGAUAUACGUAUUGCCCAUCAAAAAUAAAGAAUACCAGAUAUAUCCCGCCACAAUGCCGAGCUUCGGCAGUAAAUUCCUUGCCUGCUUGCUCCUCAGCUCGGUGAUCCUGGUCAGUGGCCAGUUCGAGCACUAUCUGGACAGUUUGCGGGCCAACGAGCUCUACGAGUUCGUGGACGAUGGCUCCUCGGGCAGCCUACAGUUCCUGCCCAAGGGCGACAGCGAGAAGAUCCUGCUCCAGCUGGAGCAGCCCGUCCACUUCUACGGAGAGCAAUACGAGCAGAUAUAUAUAAAUACCAAUGGUAUCCUGACAUUCAAUGCGGAGUUCACGGACUAUCUGAACCAGCCCUUCCCGCUGGAGUAUCCCUCGAUAGCCGCCUUCUACUCCAAUGUGGAUACCUCUAAUAGUGACGACUUUACAUCCAUUUCGCUCUUUGAGACCAAGGAGCAAUCCACCCUGGAAAAGGCCUCCUCGCUGGUUCGGUAUGCUUUCAGCAGCCAGCAGGAGUUCGAGGCCCGCCAGGUGAUCGUGGCAACGUGGCGCAAUGUGGGCUACUUCGACUCCAAGACGGAUCGUCUGAACACCUUCCAGGUGGCCCUCCUUCUCGGAGAGCAGCAGACCUUCGUGCAAUUCAUUUACCCGGAGGGCGGCCUCAACUGGUUGCAGGGCGAGUCCGCCGCCCGUGGUCUUCCAGAUAUCCGUGCCCAGGCCGGGUUUGUUGCCGAGGACGGUCGUUACUAUAAUCUGAAUGGUUCGGGAUCGGAGAACGCCCGUUUCCUGAGCGAGAGCACUAACCUGGGUGUGCCCGGAGUAUGGCUUUUCGAGGUGGCUCCCAUUGAGCCUGGACAGAAUGUUAAGACCCCGGACAAUGCCGAGACCCUCACGGAGUCACCGGCUCUGGCCCAGAGCUGCCAGUCCAGCGCGCACCAGUGCCAUGAGAAGGCCCAAUGCCACGACAAGUCCGAGGGCUACUGCUGCGUCUGUGAGCCUGGAUUCUACGGCAACGGCAAGUCCUGCCUCGCCAACGGACUGCCCAUCCGAGUGAUUGGAACGCUGACCGGAGAACUGAACCAUCGGCCGGUGGAAGAGCAGGCCCAGUUGCAGUCGUAUGUGGUCACCACUGAUGCCAGGUCCUUCACCACCAUCAACCCCCUGGAACCGGAACUGGGUGCCCAGUUGCGUCUGGUGCUCCCUCUCCUGACCACCGUUCCCUGGCUUUUUGCCAAGUCGGUGGGUGGUGCUGUCAAUGGCUACCAGCUGACUGGUGGAGUCUACAGCCAUGUCUCCCGCAUUCAGUUCGAUUCGGGAGAGUCGCUUUUGGUGAACCAGACCUUCGAGGGCCUCAACUACUGGGACCAGCUGUCUGUGAAGAUCGAACUAUACGGUGAAGUGCCCACCGUGCCCGCAGAUGCUCCCCUCCAGCUGGCCGACUACGUGGACGAGUACCGCUUCGUGCGUCCCGGAGAAGUGCGAUCGGUGAGGUCGCACCAACUGACCCUGACCGAAGAGCAGCGGGUUAUUGGAUUGCAGGUGGACCAGCGCAUCCUGUACACCAGUUGUCUGCGUGACGACGAAUCCGAUCCCACCGAGACAGUUGCGUUCCAGAAGAUCUCCAACGUUGUUUUGGACUACAUCCCCGGGGACGAAGCCUUAAGGAUUAGUGCCAACAGCAAGGUGGGAGUGGAUGCGGAGUCCAAUGCCUGCACCGAUGGCACUGCCGAAUGCGUGGAGAACUCCGUGUGCGUUCCCCAGGACGACUCCUUCAGAUGUGACUGCCAUCAUGGAUUCGCGGCUCAGCUGGAUGAUCGUGGCCUGGAGAUCUGCGUAGACAUUGACGAGUGUGCCCUGGGCACCCAUGUCUGUGACGAGAACGCCUCUUGUGAGAACACCGAGGGAGGAUUCAACUGCUACUGUGCUGAAGGAUUCAGCGGCAAUGGCUACAGAUGCGAUAGCAACAACACGGCUGAUAACAUUGAAUACCCCACACCUCCAACUCAGGAUGAGAAUCCCAAUCCCAGCCCCGACCCCAUUCCCUAUCCUUACCCCGAUCAGCGACCUGAUCAGGGACAAGAACAGGAACAGCCCCAGCCGGAACCUUAUCCUUAUCCUGGCGAGGAUGAGCAGGUGCCCCAUCGUCCCGAUGAGUGUUAUCGCUGCUCCAAGGAUGCAAACUGCUAUGGAGGACGUUGCUUCUGCCACGAUGGCUUCUCCGGCGACGGCUACAAUUGUGAAAACAUCUGCGGGCAAGAGCAGGUCUGGGAGAACGGACGCUGCGAGCCUCUGUACCUGGACAAACACGACCUGGAGCCCAGUUGCGACUUGUUUGGAGAAUGCCGUUGCCCGGACGGAUAUGAGCUCUCCGAGGAUAACCAGCGCUGUGUCUAUGCCCAGGACUUUGACAUUGAAAAGAAUGGAGAACUGAUUCCUUGCGAUGUGGAUGCCAAUUGCCACAUUAAUGCCACUUGCAACUGGUAUGAACACGAAUUGCGUCACAUUUGCACCUGUUCUUCUGGCUUCAGUGGCGAUGGUUACACCUGCGAGCCCAUUGACGACUCCUGCGCCAUUAGACCCGAUAUCUGUGAUGCGCAUGCCACUUGCGAGUACAACGAGCAGCUGGGAAAGUCCGAGUGCCAGUGUAAUCGGGGAUACGAGGGUGAUGGCUUCCGUUGCCAACUCGCUGCCGAGUGCGAGGCCAAUGAGCACUGCGGGGAGAAUGCCUUCUGCGAUGGCGGAGUGUGCCAGUGCCAGCCGGAAUUCGAGCGGGAUGUGAGCGAUCGAUGUGUUCCGGCCGGACGUUGUGGCAGUGUCUUCUGCGGAUCGAAUGCCAUCUGCAAGUGGGACGCCGAGCAGGGUGUCCAGUACUGCGACUGCCUGGAGGGCUAUCAGGGAGACGCCCUGGUGGGAUGCGUCAGCAAGCCCAUUCCCUGCAACCUGCGAAACACCUGCGGCAUCCACGCCACUUGCGAGCCCACAGAGGACCCUGCCCACUACGAGUGCCAGUGCAUUGCCGGUUACAAUGGCGACGGCUACGUGUGCAUCGAGGAGCAGAACUGCCUGAAUAACCCCACGCUCUGCGAUCUGAAUGCCCAGUGUCGGUCCACCAACGCCGGUCUGGUCUGCGUCUGCAAUCAAGGAUUCUAUGGCAAUGGCUCGGUGUGCCUGGAGCGCCAACAACACGAGUCGGACUUCCUGCUGGUCAGCCAGGGAGUGGUCAUCGUACGAGUUCCCCUGAACGGACGCCAGGUUCUGCCCAUUGCAGUGGCCUCCAUGGCCAUUGGCUUGGACAAGGACUGUGUGGAGGGUCGUGUCUACUGGGGCGAGAUUACCACCAAGAAGAUUGUGAGCGCCAAGUACAAUGGCUCUGAUAUUCGUCCCUUCAUUGCCACCGAUAUUGAGUCGCCUGAGGGUAUUGCCAUUGAUGUGGUCUCCCGUCGUCUGUACUGGACAGAUUCGGUGAAGGACACCAUCGAGGUGGCCAGCCUGGACGAUCCUUCCUUGAGGGCAGUGAUCAUAAACAAGCAGUUGGUGAACCCACGAGGCAUUGCCGUGGAUCCCUAUAGGGAAAAACUCUUCUGGUCGGAUUGGGAUCGCUCGGCGCCCAAGAUCGAAAUGUCCAACCUGGAUGGCACCGAAAGGCAACUGUUGUUGGGCCACGAUUCGGUGACCCUGCCCAACUCGCUGGUGGUGCUCGAGAACUCAGGAGAACUGUGCUACGCUGAUGCCGGCACCAAGAAGGUGGAGUGCAUCCAGCCCCAGAAUGGCCAGACUCGCACCAUCUCCAACGAGCUGUCCUAUCCCUUCGGACUUACCUUCACUCACGAUCAGUUCUACUGGACGGACUGGUCCACUAAGAAACUGGAGAGCGUGGACAGCCUGGGCACUCGGCAGAAGGCCAUCCAGACCCCGUCCUUUGGCAGCCACAAGAUGUACGGCAUGACGUCCGUGGAGCAGAACUGCCCGCAGUACCAGAGUCCCUGCCAGAUCAACAACGGAGGUUGCACGGAUGCCAGGCUGUGCCUGGUGAACCGCCUUGCCCCCUCCGGCAAGAGCUGCAAGUGCACCAGUGCCUCCACCACUUGCAACCUGCCCACGGCCUAUCCCGGCUACUAAGUCUACCUUUAAUGCAAAACUGAAAUUAUUUUUCGAUACGUAUACAAUCGCACAAGAAUACAAAAGCAAGCUAAGAAUUCUUCAAGUUAACCACAAAGGAAGGGGCGAGAGCACAGUAACUUAACUUAACUAAUUUAAAAUAACUAACUAGGAAUGCCUGUGUGCCAUUUUAUGUAAAGCAACCCAGAGAGGAAUAAUUAAUAAAGAAAAACAGGCC